AUGGCUAUCGUCUUCGGCACUCGUCUAGCAGGCCCGGGCCGCACUUCCCGCUACGAUCCAGGUGCCGCACCUGACGCGACCUGGAAGACUGUGAAUGGGGUUGCGAUCCCUCCGCGUCCGGAAGAACCCGACAAUUGUUGCAUGAGCGGCUGCGUCCAUUGCGUCUGGGACGACUAUCGCGACGAGCUGGAAGAAUGGGCCGCGAGGCUCGCGCAAGCCAAGGCGAAAAGCUCGCCUGCAAGCGACGGAAAGGAUCAGCGUCAGACGCCAAGGGCCGAGGUCAAUGCAGCUAGUGGGAGUAUGGAUGAUGAUGGCGGUGGCAGUGAAACGAAUUGGACGCUUCCUGAUCCCAACGAGGAUCUUUUCGCGAAUAUUCCUGUCGGCAUCCGUGAGUUCAUGAAGACGGAGAAGAAGCUAAGGCAGAGACAUCAGGCAGAAGUCCACACAACCUCGGGUUGUUUAGAAAGUGUACAUAAGACAGAACGGCAGUUGCAUACACCGUCAUCUCUCAAUGGUCAUUUCGCAUGGCCCCCAUCGCCACUGCUCCACCAUGGGAUGUCAAUAUCCAAAUCACAAACAGACAUCAUUCUCAACAAGGCUAAUGUCGCACUGGCCCGCAGUCAACGGCUUGUCGCAUCAUGGCUCCCGGCUCCCACAGCAGCGGACCAAGCCAAUGUGAAAUCCGAGGAGGAACUGCAGCGCGAGGAGGAUGAGAUAUUUACAGCCGUUCCUGAAACACUCGGGGUCGGAGCGCCUCUGCCGACGAAAGCCGCGGAUGGGAGUUGGAACCGCACGGAACUGGAUUCAAAUGACAAACUACGGAAACAGCUUCUCGGGCGUAAUUACCAGAAGGUCAUGGCGGCCAAGGUUCACGCAAAACCGGGAGCGCCCUCCGCUGGUGUCGCCACAGGUCGACCAUCGGCAAAGGCAGCGUCAUCCGGCGCCGGUCAAGGUGUGGACGAGGAAGACGAAGAUGAGGAAGAAGGUCGUUUGGCUCUUAUAGGCAGGAAGAAUGCUUCCUCGCGAAAGAGAAAAGUGAAUAUCCAUACUCUACAAUCCCCGGAAGAAACCGAAAGCAUGGAUCUUGAGGCUAAGGAGACGACUGCCGGUGUUGAUGGUAAUGUGUCGAAACAAAAAGAGGACUCGUCGCAAUUUUCAUCUGGCCGGAGAAGCAGGAAAAAGGGCACGAGCUUCUUAGACGAGAUUCUCGCUGAACGGUCCAAGAAGAGAAAGAAGAGGUGA